GGAAAAACCAGAAAUUACUAUCAGCAUCUGAUUUUGGGGCCUUGGUCUUUUUUGGUCUGGCGACUGGGUCUGGUGAUCGCAUCGGGGGAUUUGCGUAUGAUUUCUUAUGUCUUGGUGUUAUUAUGGAGUCGCACAAUUUCAGUAGCCACCGGUAGAUUUAAAUAAAUGCGAAUGUGGUCUUGGUAUGUGAAGUUCGGUAAUAUAGAUGUGAGCACUAACGAUAGUAAACCCUGCUUCAAAUCAAAUUCUAACUGCUUGAAAUCCGACGGUACAUCCGAAAUAGCUGAAUCGUGGACGAAGAACGCUAAUUUGCUCUAUAUCUUGCAUUCAAGACUCACAAACAUGGUAGCUUUCAAUACCAAAAAGUUAGAACGUAUUCCGUUCACACAAUAUGCCAGAAAUACCCAAAUAAACAAGUGAAAAGCCCGGCCCUGGUCCACGUUGUUUGCGCCAAAAUACAUUGUCGUACAAAGGCUUGCAAUGCACUACCGAUAC